GUGCAAACAAUUACUUGGGCCUUUCCAACCAUCCCAGGCUUGUGGAAGCAGCGAACAAAGCUCUGCACUCACACGGAUAUGGCCUGUCAUCAGUUCGGUUCAUCUGUGGGACACAGGACAUACACAAGCAGCUUGAGAAGAAAAUAUCGGAGUUCCAUCAUACUGAAGACACCAUUCUCUACCCCAGUUGCUUCGAUGCCAAUGCUGGCUUGUUUGAGGCUCUGUUGACAUCGGAAGAUGCUAUCAUAUCAGAUGCUCUGAACCAUGCAUCAAUAAUUGAUGGCAUCAGGCUUUGCAAGGCUCAGAGGCUUCGGUACAAGCACAUGGACAUGGCAGACCUGGAGGAAAAACUGAAGGAAGCGCAGGGUGCUAGAAUACGGUUGAUUGCCACGGAUGGCGUGUUUUCAAUGGACGGUGACAUCGCCCACCUGAAGGAAAUACGUUCUUUGGCAGACAAGUACCAGGCAGUUGUCUUCAUUGAUGAGUGCCAUGCCACAGGCUUUUUUGGGCCCACUGGCAGGGGUACAGACGAGCAUUGUGGCGUCCUUGGGGAGAUCGACAUCAUCAACUCCACACUGGGGAAGGCUUUGGGAGGGGCGACAGGGGGCUACACGACUGGGAGGGCCGACGUCAUUGAGAUUCUGCGCCAGAAGUCCCGGCCAUACCUGUUUUCGAACUCGCUGGCACCGGCGAUGGUUGGGGCGGCCAUAGAGACAUUCAAAAUGUUGUCAACGACAACGGAACUUAGGGACAAACUCGAGGAGAACACAAAAUUCUUCAGACAGGAGCUGACUGGUGCAGGCUUCAACAUUCGGCCUGGGACGCACCCAAUUGUGCCCAUCAUGCUUGGAGAUGCGAAACUUGCGGGCGCAAUGGCCAAGCGGCUCUUGGAAAAGGGUGUCUACGUCGUUGGCUUCAGUUAUCCCGUAGUCCCAAAAGGCCAGGCCCGGAUACGAGUCCAGCUGUCGGCCGCGCAUGAGAGGAAAGAUCUUGAGGAAGUUGUCGCUGCUUUCAAAGGCGUGGGAAAGGAGCUGGGCGUCAUCUGA